AGAGGUCAAGAGGAGGAGAAAACACGUGGGUUCGGCUCGUGUCCUGAGAUCCGUCCUUCUGCCUUCUAAUGUGAACUUGUUUUUGUGCUAUUGAUGCGUCUGCAUGUAUCUAGCUCACCUCGCUGACCGGACAACACCGUUAAACUGUACACAUUUGCGCAUCUGACGGGUUUCUGUUGCUCUGAAAGCUGUUUUAUUUUGGUGUAAAUCACAUCAUGGUGAGCAAAACGGACGAGAUGCCGGCAGCAUCAGUUCCGAACUGCACCUCGGUGGAGCUCGAUCAGGAGACCAACAAGAAGCAGCUGAAGGAAAGCUGUCCAUGCGCACACGGUGCAGCUACAGCAGUAAUGAAUGGUGACGUAGGACAUGACCAGACUGAGGAGGCCGAGUCCAAGCAGGAUGGCAGCACUGAUCCUGAUGCUGGUGAUGACUCCAACGAACAGGAGGUGAUUGUGAUUCAGGACACUGGCUUCACUGUGAAGAUUCAGGCACCAGGAAUCGAGCCCUUUGACCUGCAGGUGUCUCCACAGGAAAUGGUGCAGGAGAUCCACCAAGUGCUUAUGGACCGUGAAGACACUUGCCAUCGCACUUGUUUUUCUCUGCAGCUCGACGGCAACGUGCUGGACAACUUUGCCGAGUUAAAGUCCAUCGAGGGCCUUCAAGAAGGAUCCGUGCUCAAAGUGGUAGAAGAGCCUUAUACAGUGCGCGAAGCUCGUAUUCAUGUCCGUCAUAUAAGAGACCUGUUAAAGAGCCUGGAUCCCUCUGAUGCUUACAAUGGAGUAGACUGCAACUCUCUGUCCUUCCUCAGCAUCUUCACAGAUGGAGACCUUGGAGAUAGUGGCAGACGUAAAAAGAAGGGCAGUGAGCUUGAACAGAUCGACUGUACUCCUCCUGAACACAUCCUGCCUGGUAGUAAAGAGCGCCCCCUGGUGCCCCUCCAGCCACAGAACAAAGACUGGAAGCCACUUCAGUGCCUCAAGGUCCUCACAAUGAGUGGCUGGAACCCGCCACCCGGCAACAGGAAAAUGCACGGAGACCUUAUGUAUCUGUACGUUGUGACCGUAGAAGAGAGGAACAUCAGCAUCACUGCUUCCACGCGCGGAUUCUACCUCAACCAGUCCACCACCUACAAUUUCAACCCUAAGCCUGCCAAUCCCAGCUUCCUGAGCCACUCUCUGGUGGAACUGCUGAGUCAGAUCAGCCCAGCCUUUAAAAAGAACUUCACCUCCCUGCAGAAAAAAAGAGUCCAAAGACAUCCAUUUGAGAGAAUAGCCACACCGUUCCAGGUGUACAGCUGGACUGCACCCCAGAUUGAUCAUGCCAUGGAUUGUGUGAGGGCUGAGGAUGCCUACACCUCACGUUUGGGAUACGAGGAACAUAUACCUGGCCAGACCAGGGACUGGAAUGAAGAGCUGCAGACAACAAGAGAGCUCCCACGCAAGAACCUGCCAGAGCGUUUGCUGAGAGAGAGAGCCAUUUUCAAGGUACAUAGUGACUUCGCCGCAGCAGCUACGCGUGGUGCCAUGGCGGUAAUUGAUGGAAAUGUGAUGGCCAUCAAUCCUGGUGAAGAGACACGUAUGCAGAUGUUCAUCUGGAACAACAUCUUCUUUAGCUUGGGCUUUGAUGUCCGUGAUCACUACAAAGAACUGGGAGGAGAUGCUGCAGCACACACCGCCCCCACCAAUGACCUUAACGGAGUGAGAGCGUAUGGUGCGGUGGAUGUAGAGGGGCUGUACACUCUGGGCACUGUAGUUGUGGACUACAGGGGUUACCGUGUCACCGCACAGUCCAUCAUCCCCGGGAUAUUGGAGCGUGAACAAGAGCAGAGCGUCAUCUAUGGCUCUAUUGAUUUUGGAAAGACCGUUGUUUCCCACCCCAAGUACCUGGAGCUGCUUGAGAAGACGAGCAGGCCUCUGAAGGUCCAGCAGCAUUCUGUUCUCAAUGAAAAGGACACGGCUGUGGAGCUCUGCUCCUCUGUUGAGUGCAAGGGUAUCAUUGGCAACGACGGUCGUCACUACAUCCUGGACCUUCUACGCACUUUUCCUCCAGAUCUCAACUUCCUGCCUGUGGAAGGAGAGGCACUAAACCCCGAAAGCCAGAAGCAAGGCUUCCCUCGACCGCAUCGUCACCGCCUGGCCUGUCUGCGCCAGGAACUCAUUGAAGCCUUCGUAGAGCACAGGUAUCUCCUUUUCAUGAAGAUGGCAGCACUCCAGCUGAUGCAGCACAAAGCAAACAAAGACGGCAAGACUGCAGCCUUGCCUGAGAACACUACAGCUGAAAGCAAGCCGGCAUCUACGUCAGCUCCAGAAGCCUCUGAGAAUGCUGCUGAAACUGCAACACCAGUCUCUGACUCAGCAACCGCUUGUGAAUCCACGCAGACACCCGAGGCAGCCGAUCACCAGCAGGCCACGGCUACAGAAAACUCUGCAGCGACAACUAAUGGUAUCGUCUCACUGGGUCCUGAUGAACCCACGGGUCCAGAGAGACACAAUGGAGGCUGUGAAAGUCCUCUGGAGGGUAAGGAGGCCCUUGAAACUAUACCAGGAUUAGCUCAGGCUAAAGAGCUGGCUGAAUCCUUAGCAGCAGAAGAUGGAUCUGGGAUUGACCCCAAAAGCCGAGAGGUCAUCCUCAAUGCGUGCAAAGCAGUGGGCUCCAUCAGCAACACUUCCUUUGACAUUCGCUUUAACCCAGAUAUCUUUUCACCAGGAGUGCGUUUCCCAGAAGACAGUGUUGAAGACAUUCAGAAGCAGAAGCAGCUUCUCAAAGAUUCAGCAGCCUUCCUGGUGUCUUGUCAGAUCCCAUCUUUGAUAAAGGACUGUUUAGAACAUACUGCCCUGCCAAUGGAUGGAGCCACAUUGACUGAGGCCCUCCAUCAGCGUGGCAUCAACGUGCGCUAUCUGAGCAAUGUGCUGGAGUUUGUGGAUAAGAUGCCUGCAAAACCACAGCUUGAUCAUUUCUAUAGAAUAGGAAUCACUGAGCUGAUCACAAGAUGCACCAAACAUAUCUUUAAGACCUACCUCCAAGGAGUCGAGCUUUCAGCCCUGUCUGCUGCAGUGAGCCACUUCCUGAACUGCUUCCUGAGCUCUUUCCCAGAGUCUGUGGCCCACCUGCCUGCGGAUGAACUUGUCUCGCGCAAGAAAAACAAGAAGAGACGAAACAGAGUGCCUGGAGGAGGAGACAACACGGCCUGGGCUAGCCUGACACCCAGCGAACUAUGGAAGAACAUCGGUAAUGAGGCUCGCACUUAUUACCACUUCUCUCUACAAUGUGAGAAUGUGGACCACGCAGUAGAGAAAUACGGCCUGCAAAAGAUCACCCUCCUGAGAGAAAUCUCAAUCAAAGCUGGCAUCCAGAUCCUGAUAAAGGAGUACCACUUUGAUAGUCGACACAAGCCAGCUUUCACAGAGGAAGACAUCCUGAACAUCUUCCCAGUCGUAAAGCAUGUAAACCCUAAAGCCUCCGAUGCCUUCCAUUUCUUCCAGAGUGGUCAAGCCAAAGUCCAGCAGGGUUUCCUGAAGGAAGGAUGUGAGUUAAUUAACGAGGCCUUGAACCUUUUCAACAAUGUGUAUGGGGCCAUGCACGUGGAGAUUUGUGCCUGUCUGCGCCUCCUGGCUCGUCUCAAUUACAUCAUGGGAGACCACCCUGAGGCGCUCAGUAACCAGCAGAAAGCUGUGCUGAUGAGUGAGAGAGUACUGGGCAUUGAGCAUCCUAACACCAUUCAAGAAUAUAUGCACUUGGCUCUGUACUGCUUUGCUAAUGGCCAGCUGUCCACUGCACUGAAGCUGCUGUACCGUGCCCGCUAUCUCAUGCUGUUGGUGUGUGGAGAGGACCAUCCCGAGAUGGCUCUGCUAGAUAGCAAUAUUGGUCUGGUGCUACAUGGAGUGAUGGAGUAUGACCUCUCACUACGCUUCCUAGAAAAUGCCUUGGCCGUCAACUCCAAAUACCAUGGACCCCGAUCCCUUAAAGUUGCUCUCAGUCAUCACCUUGUGGCCCGGGUGUAUGAGAGCAAGGCUGAAUUCCGCUCAGCUCUGCAGCACGAGAAGGAGGGCUACACCAUUUACAAGAACCAGGUUGGUGAAGCUCAUGAAAAGACCAAGGAGAGUUCAGAGUACCUGAAGUACCUCACACAGCAGGCUGUGGCCCUACAGAGAACCAUGAAUGAGAUCUACAAAAAUGGCUCAAGUGCCAGCAUCAUGCCUCUUAAAUUUACAGCUCCAAGCAUGGCCAGUGUCUUGGAGCAGCUCAACAUUAUUAAUGGCAUCAUCUUUAUUCCUCUCAGCCAAAAGGACCUGGAGACCCUGAAGGCAGAAGUCCAACGCCGGCAACAACUACAAGACUCUGGGAAGAAGGAGGAAUAUCAGGAGAAUGGUCAGCUUGCACUGGAGGACAAUCUUCCCAUCGAUGAUUAAUCUUGCACGCUGUACCCUGUAGCAGGGAAGGCCAUUGAUGCAACGGUCAUCUGCUUGAACCCGUAGAACUGAGAAUUAAGUGUAAUUUAAAUGAGUAUAUUAAAGCGGAGGGAAAAGACAGGGAAACGUACAGCAAUCGGUACAGUCAAGAAAAGCACGGAACCAGUGUUGCAGGCAGGCAGGGGCCCAGACUUGAGGCUCUCUUAUGGUUACUGUUUUCCUGCCAUUUUGUCUGAAGCUGGUGACCAAGAAUGACCAUGACGUUGUAUGCUAGAGCCUUAUCCACCCAUCCAUCCACCCAUCCAUCCAUCCUUUUUCACAUCUCACUAUCCUUCUAUCGAGCCGAGCCCUCUUCUCGUUUUAUGUGUUUAGGAGUCCAAACCGAACUCAGGUGACUUCUAUACCGCUCAAUAUGCGAGUGGAAGCAAAAUUCAAAAAGAUGCACAAGAAAUUAGAUGGAGGCUUCAGAAUGUAUACGCUAUGGUCUAGUUUUCAAGACCAUUUACAAAUAAUUAUCCCAUCAUGUCCUGUACUGUUAACAUACCAAGUGGUGGCUGCUGAGUGUUCACGACGUUACAGAUGUGUUCUCACCUAAAAUGUUCAGAUUGAUCACAGAUGUUCUGUAAAAAGUUUGAUUUUUUUUCUUCUUCUUUCCAUUUUUGUGGUAGUAAGUUUGGGGGAAUUAAAGCCAUUUUAUAUCCUUCAUCAAACCAUUUAAUUUAAGCUUUGUCGGUUUUAUAGAUAUAUUCAAAGAUGUGUGUCUGUGAGGUGUGACAAACUUGAUUAAUGUUAAUUGAAAUGCAGGUUCAAAGGGUCCAGUUUAAAUAUGACCAUUUGAAUCUUUCUGUCUCUCUCUCCGUGUGUUUGUGUGUGUGUGUGUAUGUUGGUUUAACUAGUGCAGAUGUCUUGAGAGGAUGACUCUACAGAUACUACUGCUGCUGUGACAAAAUCAUUCUAAUCAUUUUUCUACAUACACUUAUCAUAGGAUGACUAGUGCAAACUUGAAUAAUGGGUGAACAUGCAGUAUUUGGCACUUUAGCAUGUUGAAUAUAACCUUUUCAUGUAGUGUUUCUGAAAGGCUGGACUUCUUUUGACUCUGACGUACCAGUUUUUGAGACACUUUUCAUUCAUUUCCAGCAGAACAGGACCCUUUCAUGUAUUACAUUUUCCCUUCACCAGUAUAUAGCGCACUUUUUCAAAACUAGCACCAGAAAUAGAUGAGAGGCUGCUUUUGUGUAAUGUACCAAAAAAAAAAGAAAGGAGGACGAACACCGUGCUUGCCUGUAUAAAUGCUGUGUGGAUCUACCUUCCAAAUGCCAAACUUGUUGCUGUGAUAAAUGUACAAGUUUAAAGCAAUAGAAAUGCUGGAACUGGCCCUCUAUGUGCUGCUGUAGUCUGCACUUAAAGGGAAUUCAGAUUGUUAAGCUGAUUUUGUGAGAUUAUUAUUUUUUUCCUUCUUCUCAUGAAAAUGUUGUCUUUUUCUAAGAACAGGGAAAGAUGUUUUAUUGCUUCUGAACAAAAACAGAGCAAAUCACCCUGUAAAUGUGUGAGAUUUGUGUCUGUUUAUGCUUUUGUAUUGGAACCAGGCUGGUAUGUGUUCUGUCCUUCAAUGCUUUCCAGAGGGUUAAAAUCUUGAUUAUGCUCAUUGUGUUCCUUUUUGUUGUUGCUUUUAGCCUUUGUUUGCUUACUGAUGGCUUACAAAGGUGUCACCUUGUAUACUGGGCUUGUCUCAGGCUGCAGUAUUCUUAGUAGCCACUAAGGUGUGUUCUACUCUAACAAAGGCUCUUUGCGCUCAACUUGCAACUGACAAUAAAUGCAGUUUAGAAUAAACACAAAGCAUCAUUACUAAUUUAAACUCUGUGAAUGCAAUUGCUUUCAAGUAGAAGUUCAUUAGGCUUGAUUAAAAUCGAUUAGAGUCCAAUAUUUGUAAAUGACUGGAAUAUUUAACACGAUUAUUGUAUAUCCCUCUAUAAUGACUAAAAUGUUUGUAAAUAUAAUUGUCAUUGGAUGUAUGCAAAAAAUGGUGGUUAGUUCUAAUCUAAUUGAACUUUUUUUUUUUUCAUUUCAUAGAAGAGAAUUAGUGCAAUAGAAAGCAAAUUGUCAACUACAUAUCUAGGUCUUUUGAGUUCUUAUUUUUUACAUUAAGAGGAUGCAAUGCAGUUUACAAAGAUGCUUACAGUUUUUAAAUGGAAUUUGUCUUUUUAGGUUUGCUACUGAGUGUUUGAUGUUCACAAAUGUGACUGUGUGAAAAUUUGCAUUUAAAAAAAGAAAUCUAAUUAUUUAAAAACCAGAAGAUCCACAGAUUUUGAAUCUGGUGAACACCUAAUUGCAGCACACGCCACUCAUUUUGAGAAUGUUCUACAGUCAUUCGGUCAGCAUAAUACAAUUGCAUAAUACAAAUACUUAAAGCCUUUGUAAUCCCAUCAUUCCAGAUGUAGCAUUCAGAUAUUUGCUUGUAUGUAUAUGAUCUGAUAUUAUCUCUAAUCUCAAAUAUUAAAUCUAAAAAAAAAAAAUCAGCAGUCACUGAAAAGGUCAUCAGUGCUAAUUUAAAGACCACAGUGUUUAAGUUCACCGCAACGUCACCUGUCUAAAUCACUCAGAACUGAACCUCUUUCCCUCUUUUUGGAUCGAUAACCUUUCAAAUCCGUCCAGUCCAUUGUGUGUCUGAAUUUUUCAUUUUUGCUGUGAAAUCUGUCUGUUGUGCUCCAUAAAUAAUAAUCUAAUUAUUUUUGAUCAGAGUAUGCUUUUGUAUGAAAAGAAAUAAAGGAACUAGCAAAUUUA